AUGGUCUAGCCGUUGUAAGGAGAAAUAUUUUAAGCAUUAUGAUAAAAUUCCGGAAAAUCUAUAAUCCAAACAAUAGAACAAUAGAGAAAAAUAACCGUUUGCCGCGAAACAAUUAUAAUGACAAUACUGGAUCUUUCGGCCUGUAGCUAUAAACAUCAUUCAUAUGGUAAACAUAAAAAGGUGAACAUAAUAUAGGAGCAGAUGGAAGAAAAAUUCCCUACGGAAGUACAAAAGAAUUAGUGAUAUAUGGGCUCUAUUUGCAGAAUCUUUGUCAUUUAAGAGCCAUUAGUUACGAAUUAGAUUCACGUAUUAGCUAGGCACGCAAAACGAAACGGUACUAUAUCCAACAAAGCAAGAAUCACAUAACAUAGGUUCCAUGGAGAACGGUGCACAAGAAAAUGAUGAGGUUUUCCAGCCUGGCGCGGGGCCAACUAGCGAUGAAAACGCAGAGAAGGCAGAACUGGAAGCGUUUGUGGUCAGCCUGCAGGAACGAUACCAGCUGAGGGCACAAGAGCGCCAACAGAACCAAGCACCAGAACGUCCGGCUGAGGAAGAUUUCUUCCGAUAUGACUCGAGUCUGAAGAAAAACACGGCGUUUGUAAAGCGGCUGAAACAGUUCACCGCCCAGCAACUGCCAUCACUGAUGCAGGACGUGUCGGGAUUGAAUCUGACGAAAUACAUCUCGGAGGUAAGCGCUGCACUGGUGGAAGCGAAGCUAAAGAUGAGCGACAUCGGGGCUGUGCUGACGCUGUGCAAUCAUCUGCAUCGACACUAUGCCGACUUUGCGCCAACGCUGUUUGAGAACUGGCAGAAGUUGCUGUUGAUUAAACCGGGCGAGAAGGUGGCAAAUCCGAGCAAGAUGCGUGUCGAUUUGCGAUUUUAUGCGGAACUGAUCAGCAUGGGCAUCUUUUCCAACAAGACGGGUCUGCCGCUACUCGGUGCGUGCCUUACCGGGCUGAUUACACAGGAUAAGGAGGAACACGUGAAUCUGUCAAUAGUGCUAUCGUUCUGCAAGCACUGCGGCGAUGAGUAUGCCGGCUUAGUGCCAACACGAAUAUCUGAGUUGGCAAAGAAGCACGAUAUGACAAUGCCGGUAUCACCGUUGCUACCACCGGAUCGGCAAAGCAAUUUGCGAAAUUUGUUGCGCGAUUAUUACCAGUCGUUAGCAGAACAUUUGCGAUCGGAGCACCGGCAGCUACAGCUGGCGGAGAAAUCGCGACGCAAGAUGCUGCAGUCAAAGGGUGAGGUAACGACAGAGAAGCGUGAGCAGUUGGCCCAGCUGCAGGCAUCGUACGAGAAACUGCACGCAUCGACGAGCGCGCUGGCCGAUCUGCUCGGUGAAGCUAUGCCACAGCUGGAAGAGCUGCAGGAAACGGGACCACCGAGCGAAGGGUCCGUACUGGAUGGACGGGCCGGUGAGGAGUUACAAUUUGGCAACCUGGAUCCGUGGCGAGACGAGGAAACGAAAUCAUUUUAUGUUGAUCUACCCGAUCUCCGCCAGUUUCUACCAAACUACUGCGAUAAAAAGCAACCGGGCGGGGAAGGAGACAAUCCGCAGCAGCAGCAACAGCAACAGGACGAUGAAGAAGACAUUGAGGAUACGGGUGAGCUGGUACCAAAUAUGUUGGCCGGUCCCCCUAUUACAGAGGAAACGCUCGACAUGGACAUGCCGGAGCUGGACGGGGAUCUCAGCUAUUCGGAAUCCACAUCAUCACUGCAGGACGAGGAAGAUGCGGUAGCGGCAGUGGAUCAGGAAGUGGCGGAAGAAGAAACAUUGAAAGAUGGAGCGAAUUUAGGAGGCGUUGGCGUCGGCGGUGGAAACGGCACACCGAGUAACCAUGGCAACCGGCGCUAUUUCGAGCAAUUUGUGCAAAAUCUGCAAAACUGCGUAAACCGCGAGCUGAUCGAUAACGCGGCGAUCGACUUCCUGCUGAAUCUGAAUACGAAAAGCAAACGGAAGCGAUUGGUAAAGGUACUGUUCGGAGUGCAACGCACCCGACUCGAUUUGUUGCCGAUGUACGCGCGUUUUGUCGCUAUCAUCGAUCUAGUAUCGCCCGACGUAGCCCACGAGCUAUGCCAGAUGCUGAAGAUUGAUUUCAAGUACCAUCUGAAGAAAAAGGACCAAAUCAACAUCGAGACGAAGAUCAAGGUAGUGCGUUACAUUGGCGAGUUGGUAAAGUUUGGCAUUUACAAGAAACUGGAAGCGUUGUAUUGUUUACGCUGUUUGCUGCACAGUUUCCAGCAUCACAACGUCGAGAUGACGUGUGCGUUUCUGGAGGUGUGCGGCGUUUAUCUAUACAACUGCCCGGAUAGCCGUAUGCGCACCAACGCGUUCCUCGAGCAAAUGAUGCGACUAAAGAUGAACACCACGAUGCUUGACCGGUACGUGCAGCAGGUGGAGAAUGUCUACUAUCUAGUAAAAAGGCCGGAAGGUUUGAAGGUAGCACGAAAGGAACGUCCCCUCAUCCAUACCUACAUUCGGCAGCUUAUAUUUAAAGAGCUGGAUAAAGCAAACGUGGACAAAAUGAUACAACUGUUGCGCCGCCUGAACUGGGACGAUGUGGGCACAUUCAACUAUGCCGUUCGGUGUCUGUCUCGUGCGUAUAAUAUCCGAUAUCAUCUGAUACGCAGUCUAGCGGACUUGCUGGCUGGUUUAAACUCGUACCAGGAACGGGCCGUAAUCCAUGUUAUCGAUACGGUGCUGGAAGACAUACGGGCCGGGUUGGAGAUACACGAUAACAAGCUAGCACAGCGGCGCGUAGCGAUGGUAAAGUACUUGGGCGAGCUGUACAACUACCAGCUGGUCGAUUCGGAUAACAUUCUUAACACGCUGUACUCGAUCAUUUCGUUCGGCGUUAGCCUUUCGCAUGAUGGACCACCGUCGAUUGUCGAUCCACCGGAAUCGUUGUUCCGGCUGAAGCUGGCAUGUGUGCUGUUGGAUACGUGUGGGCAGUACUUCACCACCGGUGAGAACCGUCGUCGACUGGAUUACUUUCUCGUUUUCUUCCAGCGGUACUACUGGUACAAGAAAUCCCACCCGUACUUUACGGGCAGUAACGCUGGUGGAGUUGGAGCCGCGAAUAACGAUGAAAAGUCCGUCCCUGGCGCUAGGCUGAACGUGAAAGAUUUAUUUCCAAUUCUUAUGGAUCACAUGUACCGAGAGUGUUUGAAGAGUUUGCGACCGAAAUUGAAAUUAUACGCCAGUUUUGAGCAGGCAAAGGAAGCAGUCAACUCGUUGCGUCAGAAGAUCUUCCCGGUGGAGGAGCUGGAACGUGUGAACCAGGAUCAGGAGCAGUCUAAUGGGCAGCACAGCCAGCGAACGACGAGCGAUGCACCGGAAUCAUCCGAUCAUGAAGAUUCGCUGCAAUCGGACGAAUGUACGUCGGAUGCGGGUGAUGACAUUUCCGAAGGUUACGGAACGAAGCGAUCGAACGGGAAGCGGCACACGAUGGAUGACGAGGAUGACGAUACGCCUUCGCCACCGAUGGAGGGCGUUGACCAGGAACUCGAGGGAUACGAUGAGGAUGAUGAGGAAGAUGAUAAUGAUGAGGAUAACGAAUUUUACGGCGAUGAUCGGGACUGUGAACUGGAGGUGGUGUCCGAACCACCGCCACAGAAGCAACCGGAGGAUCUCGAGUUUGAGCGGGAGUUUGAGCGGAUGGCCUCGGAGUACUGUCAGCAGCGUGCGAAGGAUUCGGCUAAAGUCAAUCCCAAGCAUGUCCCGAUUCCAAUUACUUUUCGCAACGAGACGAAGAAAACGUACGACCAGCUGCAGGAACCUACAAACGUUAAAUCCGACACCGUACCGUUCGCGCUGAUGAUACGCGGAAAGGGCAAGCAGCAGCUGUACAAAACGUUCGAAGCACCGGAGGAUAGUUCGCUGGCGCAGUACAUACGGGAACAGGAGCGGAAGCUACAGGAGGAGAAGGACAGUGUCAAACGGUUGACGCUGAAUAUCUCGGAACGGCUCGAGGAAGAGGACUACCAGGAGUCGCUGAAUCAACCGUCACGCACGUCGGAUCCGUUGCGUAUGCGACCACUGAAACCGGCCAAGUUUAAACAUCCGAAGGGUGUACCCGAUAUCGAUGCCAUCUUUCAUUGAUGGGACAGCAGGGAAAGGUAAGGAUGGAAUGCUUCGAGUUCGAAUUUUCAUCUGGACCGGCCCACGCAGUAAGAAAUCCGGCUAAGCUGUAAAAAUACAUUUAAUACAAGCCGUUACAGGAAAUGAAAGUGAAAAUUCAUGAAAAUAAAACAAAAAGUUGAAAAAAAUUAUUUAGUUUCUUUUUUACAAAUAAAUCUUGUAAGCGAUAAACAACACAA